GUGGUAAGCAUCGUGUAAAGAUUGUUCUUUCGGUUGUACAGAAGACGACAUGAGUAAAAUCGGAAUCAACGGAUUCGGCCGUAUUGGCCGUCUUGUGCUCAGGGCCUCCCUUGAGCGUGGUGGCCAGGUUGUUGCCAUCAAUGAUCCUUUCAUUGGUUUGGACUACAUGGUAUAUAUGUUUAAAUAUGAUUCUACUCAUGGAAGAUUUAAAGGAGAAGUCAAAGCUGAUAAUGGUUGCCUAGUUGUCAAUGGUAAUAAAAUUGCUGUGUACAGCGAGCGUGAUCCAAAAGCUAUUCCAUGGGGAAAAGCUGGAGCCGAAUAUGUUGUAGAGUCAACUGGUGUCUUUACUACAAUUGAAAAGGCAUCUGCUCAUUUGGAAGGAGGUGCUAAGAAAGUUAUCAUUUCUGCACCAUCAGCCGAUGCACCUAUGUUUGUUGUAGGUGUUAAUUUGGAUGCUUAUGAUCCAAGUUAUAAAGUUAUCUCCAAUGCUUCCUGCACAACCAAUUGUUUAGCUCCUCUUGCUAAAGUUGUUCAUGAUAACUUUGAAAUCAUUGAGGGUCUUAUGACUACAGUACAUGCUAUCACUGCUACCCAAAAAACUGUUGAUGGACCUUCUGGAAAAGUACAUCAAACUUUUUCUAAUAAUAUUUUUCUUUAUGUUAUAAUCAGUGUUUCAAUUUCAUCAUGUUUAAUGCUUCUUGUGUUAUUUUGUAAUAGUUGUGGCGCGAUGGUCAUGGCAUUCCGUGUACCAGUACAUAAUGUAUCGGUUGUUGACUUAACAGUUCGACUUGCUAAACCUGCAAGUUAUGACGCCAUUAAAGCUAAAAUAAAGGAAGCUGCUGAGGGACCUUUGAAAGGAAUUUUAGGAUAUACAGAGGAUGAUGUAGUAUCUUCCGAUUUCAUUGGUGACAACCACUCCAGUAUUUUUGAUGCUAAAGCCGGUAUACCCUUAAACGAUAACUUUGUUAAGUUAAUAUCGUGGUAUGAUAAUGAAUAUGGUUAUUCUAACCGUGUGGUUGACCUCAUUAAGUACAUUCAAACAAAAGACAAAUAAGCUGUUUCGCAUGUCUAUAUGUAACAUCUUUAUAAACGUUGCUAUAUAAUAAUGUUUAUUAUAUUAGCAUAUCGUUAUUGAAUGGAUCUUUCAAAAUGAAUAAUGUUACAUGUAGCCAGUAGAGUUCCCAAUUAAAAAUUGGAAAUAUGAAAUUGAGGGUAUUUUAGCAUACUGUUUCACUCGCACAGAAGGUAGAAUUGUAACUUACCGAUCAUUCAAAUAAAAUAUCAGAAUGCAGGUU